CUUUCUGAUUCAUGUUACAUUCUUGGUCCGCCAUCUGAUCGGGUUAGUCCCAUCAUUGGUACUUCCAUUGAGAGAAACUGUGAGAUAAAGCUGUGAGAUUAUGGCCGGACGAAAGACGAGGCGUAACACCGCUGCUUCUGCCCAGUCAAUGGUCAGGAGUGACCAUCCUAAACAAGGUAUGAUCGUUCCUGUCAAUGGGCUUGAAACAACGUUGAAUAAUGUGGCUAAUAUGAUGGCCAACAUUAUGGAACGCUUGGACCAGGAUCUCCCUCGACCAUCCGGUACCCGGGAUGUCCCUACCGGGCAACCCCGCCAGGUCUUGCGUACUGCGAGUUCUCCCAUCCUCCUGGAGCUUCAUGAUCCGGAGGAGGUCGAGAGGGAGAGGCAGGCCAUCGCUAGGCGCCAGGCGGAGGAGAUGGCCCGGAAUAAUAGGGCAAAUGGAGAUCGGACUAGGGGUGUGAGCCAAGUCAUUGGCAACGGAAACGACAACCCGCGGGGAACCGUUUUUGAAAGGAUAUCUCACCAGAGGGCUCACGUGAGUGAGAGGCUGGAGAAGAGUCCGGACAAAGCACCCCAGGGUUCGGAUCUGAGGCAACAGAUCGAGGAGAUGCAUAGGAAGAUAAACAGGGAACGAGUAUUCACUACCCGGACGAAUACUCUGCUCGCCCCAGAAAUCUUUGCGGAACCAUAUCCGCAGGGAUUCAAGAUGUCGUUUGUCAAGCGUUAUGAUGGGGAAUCAGAUCCCCAAGAACACAUAAACAGCUACAUCCAAGUGAUGAUUGCCGUUGAUGCCAGCGGCGCAUUGAUGUGCCGGUGCUUCUUGCAGACAGUUGAUAGCAAGGUUGCGGAUUGGGUGAAUCACAUUCCUGCCUUAUCGAUCCGGACAUGGGAUGAAUUGGGAUUGCGGUUCUUAGAGCAUUUUGCAGGGAACUGCCGUCCCAAGAAGCAUUUCUCUCACCUGGCUUCAGUGCGGCAGAAGCACGAAGAAUCCUUGAAGAAUUUCCUAAUCCGGUGGAGGAAAGAAUCCAUGGAGGUUGAAGGAAUCGACGAUAAAUCCAGGCUAGCCAUGUUCACGGCGGCAUUGCAGGAUGGCUUCCUUCAUACUGAUCUUACACCUCAUCCCCCGGAUACCUUUGAAGAAGCAAUGGUCCGGGCCGGGAGGUAUGUGACCCUGGAGGAGAGGAAGGAGGAUAAGAAAGAAAAGACUCCCAAAGAAGAACAGAAGGCGGGAAACAAGAAGCCUUUCAAGAACAAGAAGCAAGGUUUCCCGGAUGGCCCAAAAGGAACAAGUCCUGGGACCUCGGAGAAGCACAAAUCUGCCAAUCCAAAGGUCUGUAAUGUGGAGGACACUGGAAAAUGGUGUGCCUACCACCACAAGAAUGAUCACAACACAGAGGACUGUUAUACCCUGAAGAAUGAGAUGGCGAGGCUAAUCUGUCGUGGCCAUCUGAAGAAGUUUGUACAAGAUGGUGACACGGGAAAUUCCGGGAACACUCAGAAUGGGAAGCGUAGAGAUAAGGAGGUGGCCAAGGAGGCCCGGGAAAAACUCCACAUCGGGCUUGAAGAUGAGGAGGAUUCAGAGCCCGCACCACACCGGCAGAAGAGACACCACAGGUGUAACUUCAUCAUCAGAGGGAAUACUGGCGGAGACUCGGCCACAAGCUGGAAGAAGUGGGCCAAUGCGGCGAUGGUCAAUAAGGUGCUAGCCCCGGAAGGUAAGAAGUUGAAAACUGAGCCAAUUGUAUAUUCCAAUGCUGAUUUUCCAGAAACUGGGGUCCCCCAUAGGGACGCCCUGGUGAUUACGAUUGACAUAAUGGACUUACUGAUCCACAAAACUCUGGUGGAUACGGGAAAUUCUAUUAAUAUCAUGUAUAUGGAUACUUACAAGGCUCUUGGUUUGACAAGAGAUGAGUUAUCACCCAUUAAGACUCUACUGACCGGGUUCACAGGGAUAAUCUCCAAUACCAACAUCAUUCUAGGCAGACCCGGAUUAGAAGAUUUGGAGUGCGUCAUCUCACCUCGUCACCUGUGCAUAAAGUUCCCAACCCCCCACGGAGUUGGAAUAGCCAGGGGAUCCCAGAGAGUGUCCCGGGCUUGGUAUUUGAAGGCAACUAAACAGCCUAUCAAGUACGACACCCAAGUGGGGGAGGUGAUUGCACAGCUCUUAAGGGCCAAGGAGAGACAUCCCAGAGUAGAAGUUGCAGGAGACAUUGAGGAAGUUGAACUGGAGCCGGGCACGCCGGGGAGGUUUGUCAGAAUUGGAAAGGGCCUGGGGGCUGAACUCAGGUGGCGAGUGAUCUCAGUCCUUAGAAGGUUCAGGAAGGUCUUUGCAUGGAGUCCAGCUGAUAUGCCAGGGCUGGAUCACAAGAUUGCAGUUCAUCGCCUUAAUGUCCUGCGAGAUGCUAAACAGGCUCACCGGAUUGUUGUGCUCACUAAUGAGCCUUUGGCGUCACUUACCCGGAGCCCGGCGGCUUCAACUCGGAUGACCAAGUGGGCGGUCUUCAUCAGUCAGUACAAUGUGGAGUUCAGGCUGCGUCCAUCAAUCAAAGGACAGGCACUCGCCGACUUUCAGGUUGAGUGCACUACCAGGGAGAUGACAAGAGCCCAGGCCGGGACCCAGGUGGAAGACGACUGGUGGGUGAUGAGUAUUGACAGAUCUUCUGGAUCUUGCGAAGCAGAGACCCUGAUCAAUGGACUGAGAAUUCUUGGCAAGCUGGGAGUGUCCAGGGUUCAAGUAUACAGCAACUCCCGCUUGGUUGUGGGACAAAUCACGGGGGAGUUCGAAGCAAAGGAAGAAAGGAUGAAGAGGUAUCGAGACUUGUCCUUGGAUAUGUUGGGAAGGUUCGAGUAUAAGCUUGAGCACAUAUCCCGGGCGCAAAACGCGGAAGCUGAUGUUCUGUCCAAGCUUAGCGCAGAGUCACCAGAGAAUAUAAGCAAAUUAGAAACGGAGGAAGAGUUGGCAACCCCAAGCCUUAACAGGGACGAAGUGCUCUGGGUGUCAGCCGAUCCUCCGGAAUGAUUGGACAAGUUAGCCAGAUACAUUGAAGACGGUGGAGCUCCGGAGGAUCCCCAAGAAGCUCGGUUGCUGCGAAUGAGAGCACCCACCUACAAGGUGCAAGAUGGAGUCCUUUAUAAGCGGUCU